AUGUACCCGCACCAGGGAUCGCUGACAUUCAGGGAUGUGGCCAUAAUAUUCUCUCCGGAGGAGUGGGGAUGCCUGAAUCACAGUCAGAGAGAACUGUACAGGGAUGUGAUGUUAGAGACCUAUGGACACCUCCUCUUCUUGGGUCUUGUGUCAAAGCCGGAUCUGGUCAUCUUUUUGGAACAAAAGAGGGAGCUCUGGGAUGUCAAGAGAGAGGAGACAGUAGCUACACACCCAGGUAGGUGGGAAUGA